CGGAGAGGCCGUCAGUGUGUGUGUUUCGGCCCCAUCUGCGCUCUCGCUCUCCGCGGCCGGGGGGAGAUGCACUGACGGAGUCUCGGAGCCCUGCUGGAUUAUUAUUAUUCCUCUUUUUUACCUUCACUAAAGCGUUGGUAGACAAUGAUGGAAGAGUCCAGUUCCCAGAAGCUUCUGUGGGAUGGCGAAACCAAGGCCAUGCAGCAGUGUCUCACUGACAUCUUCACCAGCGUCUACACCACCUGUGACAUCCCGGAGAAUGCCAUCUUUGGCCCAUGCGUCCUGAGCCAUACGUCUUUGUAUGACAGUAUUGCCUUCAUCGCCCUAAAAGCUACGGACAAGAGGACGGCACCUUACAUAUUCAGGGUGGACACCUCGGCUGCCAAUAGUUCCUCAGAGGGCCUGAUGUGGCUGCGGCUUGUCCAGUCUGCAAGAGAUAGGGAUGAGCAGAACCUGGAGGCCUAUGUGAAAAAUGGGCAGCUCUUCUACAGGUCGCUAAGGAGAAUUGAGAAGGAUGAGGAGCUUCUGGUGUGGUACGGAAAGGAUCUUAUCGAGCUCCUGUUACUGAGUUCCAGCAGAAACCAAGUCAAAGGCAAAGGAUCGCCACCAUAUCUGUGUCCAGACUGCAGUCAGCGGUUCCAGUUUGAGUUCCCUCUCCUGGCUCACCUGAGGUUCCGCUGCACCAAGAGACUGCAGAGCAUGGCCAGCGCAGAGGAGGAGGCUAAGGACGCUACUGAACAUGCCAGCAUUCCCCCCAUCAGGUCCAGCCCUAAGCUAGGCCGAUCUGAGGGCUUCUCAAGCCCACAGGAUGGGAAACCUUCUACAGACUUCCACAAUCUUGCCAGGGACUUGGAGAAUAACAGGACCAGUCCUCCCAGCGACAAAGAGGCAGAGAUCCUGAGUGAGAGCUCGGGAAAGCGAAAGUUCUCCGAUAUGGAGGACAACAGGGGCAUUGGAUUGGUGCAACCCUUGACUAAGUCCAAGGAAGAGCUGGCGAACUCAGCCCAGCAGUACCGUGGAGCAUACGGCCUAGAGGAGAGCAGGCGGGCUUUCUCGCCUCCUGGCUCUGAGGUGACCGAGACCAAGCAGAGCGCCUUCACAGAGGUCAAGAAGUCAUCCCAGAGCUUGAAGCAUGGUAGCAAAAACUCCAUCUUCAACUCCGAGAACAAGGCAGAUGCUGGCCGGCCCAGCAGCAACCCAAGUGAGAAGCAUGUGAACAUCAGGCAGGUGUUGAGCGAGACUCAGCCUCCACAGUCGCGGAUCGAGAGCUCGACGGUGGGCAGCGCCUUCACUUCUGUACCCCAGCAAAAUGCCGGAGGAUCGGAGCGGAAGAGCGCCUUCAGCCAGCCGUCCCGCUCCUUCUCGCAGCUCUCGCCUCUGGUCAUGGCGCCCAAGAUUCUGCCAACGGUGGACUGCCACCCAGCUGUGGGCGACACUGUCUCCUCCAGCAGGCUUUACCAGGCCGACCACCUGGCCGCCAAGCUUCAGGGCUCCGAACUGGGCAGCAACUGUCCUGUACCAGGCGGAAUGGCCAAGCAGAGCCCCUUCCUCUACACCACGGCCUUCUGGCCAAAGACGUCAGGCCCCAUCCAGCUGCAGAUGCCCUCGGCCCUCACACUCCUGCCGCCCUCCUUCACUUCCCUCUGCCUUCCUGCUCAGAACUGGUGCGCCAAGUGCAACGCCUCCUUCCGCAUGACCUCUGACUUGGUCUACCACAUGCGCUCACAUCACAAAAAGGAGUACUCCAUGGAGCCGCUGGUGAAGAGGCGGCGCGAGGAGAAACUCAAGUGCCCUAUCUGCAAUGAGUCUUUCAGGGAGCGGCAUCACCUCUCCCGUCAUAUGACCUCUCAUAACUGACUUUUUGGGGAUCUUUACUUGCCAAUGGCUUUUUUUUUUGUUGUUUUUUUUGUCCCAUCAACAAGGGAAUAUUGUCCAUCUGGAGAAAUACACUUGAUCUCACACUCAAAAGACAUUUCUAUUUGGAUCGUUUCUUUCAAAUGUCAUGUUUUGGUGUAUGCAAAUGCAUUUUGACUUUAAAAACAAAACAAAAAAAAACUCUAAAAAUCUAUUUAUCAUAUGAAGCACUUAUUAUUUGGGUGGAAACCGAGGAAUAAUAACAUGUAAAUGUACUUUUUAUUUUGUAUAUAUCAAUGUAUAAUGUAUAGAAAUUGAUUUGAAAUGUACUUGCAUUUCAUGGAAAAACUAUUCGAUGACUUUUCAUGUCUAUAGGCCUAUGGGUGAAAACCUGAAAAUAAUUGGAAUAUGAUGUUGAAUUAUAUUUAAGAAUGCAUGUAAAUGAUAGUUAUUGCUUUAAGAUGCAGUCUAUUCACAACAAUGUACAUACUUGUUUUUGUUUGAAUACAAAGUGUAAUAUUUUGUGUCCGUGAGGAAUAGAUUCAGUGUUUCUUCCUUUUGCUGAAAUUUACUAUUUGAUAGUUUAUCUAACCAUGUUGAAUGCUUUGACAAUAAAAUAGCUUUAUUUUCAUUG